AGACUGAAUUAUCCCACAACCUCCAGCAGUUGUCGGAGCGCGCCAGAUCCACCACCGAGUUUAUACAGCGACUCAAAGGAAUGAGCGAUAAAGUUAAUGAAAACUGCAAGGAGUUCGAGGCUACGGUUUCAGCGCAAUGCGACGCCCUUAUAGCAGCGAUCAACGAACGUCGCUCGCAGCUCUUGGAGUGCAUACGAGCUGACAAGGAGCUAAGGGUUCGAGCCCUUAAGGACCAAGCAGCCACAUGUACGCAAAGGUUGCAACAAACCACAGCCUUACUGCAGUUUUGCAUCGAGGCACUUAAAGAAACUGAUAGCGCCGCUUUUUUACAGGUGGGAUCAAUGUUGAUCAACCGUGUGGCAUCUACAGACCACUCGUGGCAUAAAGAAUGGUCUGCUCCAAGGGUCUCUCCGCAUUUUGACUUAACUCUCGACGACAAGUCGGUUCUCAGAGCUAUCGACCAGCUCAAUUUUAUCCAGAUGAAACAUGCAUCAUCCGCAUGUUGUAUAUUGUUUAUAGCUCCUCUGGCGCCGAUAAUAAUCCCGGAAGAGUGCAGUGCUGAAAACAACUCGGUGACAGUGGCGUGGCAACCACCUCCGCACAGCCACGUGGAAGGUUAUGUUCUGGAGUUGGAUGAUGGAAAUGGAGGUGAUUUUAGGGAAGUAUAUUGUGGAGGAGAAACAAUAUGUACAGUUGACGGCCUCCAUUUUCACUGCAUGUACAAUGCUAGGGUCAAGGCAUUUAACAGUACUGGAGAGGGGGAGUACAGUGAACUGAUUGGAUUGCAGACUGCAGAAGUCGCCUGGUUCACAUUUGAUCCAAUCCUAUCCGGACCGGGACUUCAGUACUCGGAAGAUAGUACCCGAGUGACAGGCGAAGGAUGGGAGCACAGAGUUGCGCUUGGAAGUGUGGGCUUCAGCCGAGGUAUCCACUAUUGGGAGUUCACAGUUGACAAGUAUGAUGCAGAUACAGAUCCGGCAUUUGGAGUAGCCAGGAUUGACGUCGCUAGAGACAAAAUGCUAGGAAAAGACGACAAAGGAUGGGCCAUGUACAUCGAUCGACAACGUUCCUGGUUCCAACACUCGGGCGCUCACGAGCAACGCGUGGAAGGAGGCAUCCACGUUGGAUCCACAAUUGGAGUUCUCCUCGACUUGGACCAACAUACAUUAUCGUUCUACGUGAAUGAAGAACCUCAGGGCAAUGUGGCAUUUAGGGAUCUCUACGGGGUGUUCUAUCCCGCUGUCAGUCUCAACAGAGGUGUCAGCGUAACAGUCCACACGGCACUAGAUCCACCAUCGGAUUCGGACGAAACGUGAAUGUGAGACUGAUCGGCAGUGUGUUAUUAUUUAUUAUCAUAUAAGAUCAGAUAAGAGUCCAGGGGAAAACGAACAUUUAGGUGCUACAUGUUAUUGAUUCUCCCGAUUUUUGGACUGAAUGUUGAAUGUACAUUAUCAAUAAGCAUCGUUUCGCAUCUAUUUCCUUCGAUUAUUAUUGACACUAGAAGGAUAUAGACAUGUACCAUAAUUUCGAUCAUUACCUUAUUUCAUUUUCUUGUAAAACAAAGCAACAUACACUUUUUGUAGAUUAAAUGACAGAGCCUUUUAGAAUGUUUCCAAACAAAGAAAUUGUUGUAGUUGUAGAAAACAGACUGACUUAUAAGUUUGCGAGACAUUCCAGCAUUGGAAAAACUUUGCAAAAAUUUACAAGACGGUUGCCGAUGUUGCCAUUUGUCAUCGCGUUGCUCAAGCAUUCGAUAAAAAAGAGAAGGACCCGUUGAUUUCAGACUGUUUAAAUUAGUGGGCUUGAAAAUACGAACCUAUAAUCAAAUGAUAUUAAAUUUUCACUACAAGCACCCUAGUUUAAAUGGAACAAAGUAAUGUAUAGAUUACAGAUCAUAGUGAGAUUUUUGUAAAAUAAUUUUAUUAGCUGUACUUAUUUAAUAUUUAUACUUUACAUAUCAUGUAUCGUGGAAAUGUACUGGAAUUUGCUGGCACUUUUGCGUGCAUUGUACUUCUUGGCUUUGUGGGAGGUAGUACCAUAUUUUCUAGGUUAUGUAAGAAAUGAUACAUUGUGAGACUGGGUGAGAAGCAAUUGUAUUAUUGAAGAUAUGCAUUAUGUUUAUUCUAUCUACUUAAUUUCCAAAAAAUGUUUCAAAGUGUUGACGGAACGAACAAAUUUUUCAUAUAAGACUUUUAGGUAUUUAUGAGACCUACAAAAUGAGACUACACGUAAAAAGAUCCGGAAAAUAGCAAAAAUGUUAUGGCUGGUUUUGGCACUUGUUGGUAAUGCGACGAUAAUUUCACGCAACUACUUAAUAUUCUUCAAAUCCGUAGGAUCCAUAGUUCUAAAAAAUAACAACAACAAAAUUUUAUUAUAUUGGUCAAGUAGCCUUUUGAGAAUUUCUAAUAAUUUUUUAUCCCAAAACAUCUGUUUUCCGGCCAUCACUACUAGUUUAUUGAGCAAUAUACAGGGUUCGUUCAAGGAGCAUUUAACAGCAAAAUAUACUUGACCAGCUUGCCGAUAUGAAUCCCAAACCAUUCCGAAAGGUAAAUAUUAUUUUUAUGCGAAAAACAAAGGUUUACUUUUUUUCUUCUAAACAAAUUCAAUCAUUUCGUAUUUGUGAGUAAUUGAACAAAUAUUUCGUAUUUGUGAGUAAUUGAACAAAUGCGCUACGAUAUUCGAAAAACAUACGUUACUAU